CCGUCCGACUGGAGAGUGGUCUUAGGCGAGCAUCAUCUGGUCGACAAAGAAGCGUUUGAGCAGAGCAGAUGGGUAUCAGAAAUUUAUCUCCAUCCAAAAUACAAGUCAAUGUUCCUUGAGGGAAUAUUUGAUACUCCACCAGACUAUGACGUAGGUGAGUAAACGUCCUAUAAAUCCUUUCUUCUUUCUCGGAUAUGCUCCUGUAACCGAAGCCUUAAUGUACCCAUAUAUGGGUUGGUUUGAACGAUGGAGACUGCUGGGUGUUUCUGGAUACAGUCAGAUCAGGUUUAAUCAAUUCAAUGAUAGACCAAGUUAAAAGGAAUAUAAUUUACCUAAUCUAACUUUAAAUUUGUGAACGAAGUUCUUUGGUACGUGUUACAAUUCAAAUGAAAACUCUUCAGGAGAACUUUUUAUAAUAAUAAUAAUUAUAAUAAUAAUAAUAAUAAUAAUAAUAAUAAGGAUUUCUAAAGCGCCAUAUCCCGAGGCUCAUGACGCUUUACAACUGAAUAUUUCAAACCGAAAGUUUUUUUAGAUUAAAAAAACAUUUACAUCAAUAAUAAACUGCACAAAUAUAUAAAAAUGCAAGUUAAAUUAAAAUUCUUAUCGCAAUAUUUACACUAUAUACAUUAUUCUGACAGAACUUUAAUUAAGAUUUCUUUGCAUAAAAAAGUUUUUAUUGAAGUUUUAAAUUUUGAAAUGUCAUCAUGAUUACGUAUGGGUUCUGGCAGUGAGUUCCAAAUUGUAGGUGCUGUAAAUGAGAAUGAUCUACAGCCAAUUAUUUCUUCAACUUUGCCCAUGGUAUUGUCAGAAGCCUCAUAGAGGCAGAUCUUAAGCUUCUUGAUGGUCUGUAGGUUUGCAACAUUUCUGUUAUGUAGGAGGGUGCAUGUGCUAAGCCAUAUAAGGCUUUAAAUAUUAACAGAAGUAUCUUGUAUUUGAUACAGCUGUACAUGGAAAGCCAUAAUAUUAAAAAGCCAUAAUAUUAAAAAGAAUUUUUUGCAAUGUAUGAAUUUUUAGUCUCUUUAUAUACUGGUAGUUUACUUAACUAUUUGUGUGUGUUUCUCUGUUUUCUUUGUUCUUGUGUCCCUGACCUAAACAUUUAAACAUCUUUUCUUUUAACUGGCUGCCUGGCAUUUUUAACUCUUAGGUUAUUUCGGGCAGCCAGCGCCCCUAUCAUCGUCUGUACUAUUGUUAUAAAUUUUUAUUUCUUGUAUAUUAUGGGGUGAAAUAAAGUGUUGUUGUUGUUGUUGUUGUUGUUAUGCUAUCCACCAUUCUCGUUCUCCUUUCCCUUCUCGCUAAGAAAUGCUGUGGCGAGCAUCCUAAUGUAGGCGCUAUUGAUAUGCUUUUCUGUGCAUAAUGGGUAAGGUAGGUUUUUUUUUUUCUUUAAGCAACAGAGAUUUUCUAGAACUGUGAAAGGUUAAUUGAACUCAUGAGUCAUCAUAAAUAGGUUGAAUAAUAUUGUACGGGUAAACGUAGUCCUGAGUAGGACUGUUGUUGUUGAUAGUGACUGACGUUUCAACAACGUACCUGUGCGGUAGUCAUCUUCAGAGUCAAAGUGAGUCGUUUCACGUCAGUUGAUGGUAUUUAACUCUCGUUGUAUUGACCUGAUUGGUCAAUUAAGUCGCGAUGUUAUUGUUCGUCUGUCAGUUAAGCUGUGAUGAUAUUGGCUAUGAAGACUCGUAAUGUCAUUGGUGCGUUUCGAUCCGUGUAUUGUCACAGUUAAACAUUCGCUUAUUUUUAUUGUCAACUUUCAAAUUUCAACUUCAACUUUAUUUUAUUUAAAUUUGAAGUACAUUGGGACUGGCCUGCAGUUAGCGAGUCUAUUCGAGGCGGCUAGGCUACAUAAUUUACUACAAACUAGACAAAUACAAAGAAAUUAGACGUUAUAUAAGUGUAUAUAUUUUACAGUAAAUAGAUACUAUUCUACUUAAAUACAAGGACAAUAUUGGUGUGAAAUUUUGAAACUAAAAUAAAAUGAAAAUAAAGGACAAGAGAAUUGCUUUUUCAUUUUCACAAAAAUCGCAUCCACAUCAAUAUAGGACCCUUCAGUUUGAAGGAUAUUAAGUAGCAUUGCUUUUAGUGAUCUAUCUUUUAAAAGCUUUUUUCGGUCUUUUUUUAAGAAUUUGAAGUAUCCCAUUCCAAAUUUUGACCUCAACAAGCGAGAAAGCAUUUCGUCUGACAUUGAGUCGAGAUUCUUUAGUAUAAAAAUGUUCAGAGGUUGAGGCACAUGUAUUGUAACUAUGAACAAUAGAAAUUCGAGAGAAGAGUUUCAAAAUAUUCUUCGGAGAAGCGUUUUUAUUUACAUCAUACACAAGACUACAAACGGAUUCAUAAUAUAGAGCCUGUAAAGUUAGAAUUUUUUGCAUUCACAAAAAAAGGUAUAUUAUAUAUUGCGUGGUCGUUUGUUUCAGCAAAAUAUAUUAAACGCAGUGCGCUUUUUGAAGGACAAGAAUUUGGUCAAGGAAAGUUUUACACGCGUUGCGCCAAGAGAUAAGACCGUAGGUUGGAUAAGGUAUAAUUAGUGACUGAUAAAUAUUUAGGAGGGUGCAAGUGGGGACAAUAUGUCUUAAUCUCGCAAUUAGCCCAAGUGGUUUACUUAUUUUGUUUGCAACAGAGUGAAUAUGGGUCUUCCAAGAUAGAUUUUCAUCGAUCAACAGUCAAAGAUAUUUAAUAAAGUUUUUGCAUUCAAGGGUAACCUUUUUAUGGCUUUCAUUGUCAAAAACAUUAACCUAGGAUCAUAGUUCAGUUUUUUUGGUAUGGACGAAAAAUUACAUAGUUUGACUUUUUUUAAAAUAUUCAGAGAAAGCUUAUUUGAAAUCAGCCAGUUAUACAAGUUGUGUUAUUCUGCAUUUAUUGUUAGUUCCAUUGUCUUUAAAUCUUUAUUAGCAUAAAGAGGGUUAGUGUCGUCGCCAAAAAGGAAAAAUUGGAGUUUGCUCGAGUAUAAGGAGUAUAAGCCAUGCGAUUUGCUGUUUGGUAUAGAUAAAAUUUGAAAUUAAAUUUCAGAUGGAGUUGCAGGAUUGAAGAAAAACGAAAGUUCUGGCGAACUGGACUUUCUUAGGUACUCUGUGAAGGGGCGCUCUGCCGGUAGAAUUUCUAGCAGCGACAACGCGGUUAAGCACAUAUUUGCUGAGAAAAACAGGUAUCGGGCUUUUGUAAACAUGUUUGGGGAUAGAGUUUUUGUUGUGUCCCACCCCCACCCUAACGAUAUAAUUAUUAAUAUUAUUUUAUAUUAUUGUUUUGCUCGAAGAAAAUUGUCCGUAUUUUUUAUCAAUGAUGUAAAGUACUUAUACUUACUACCUGGAAAACCAGGUGCCAUUUUUACCAGCCAACUUUGAGUCGAUUAUUGGAUGAUUAAAUUUCGUUUACCAAUUAGGAGAUAUUUAGGAAUGUGCCAUGCUUGAAGAAGACGAAUAACAAGCACACUAAAUGUUUUUACCUAUCUUAGCCCUAGUCCGUCUAUCUGAGCCCGCAGUCUAUGACGAGUUUGUGUCUCCAAUUUGCCUUCUUCGACCUGGGGUAAGGUUCCGUUGGGGAAAGGAGUGUUUCGUCACUGGCUGGGGUCACACUCAGUGGAAUGGCACUCAACCGGACAUCUUAAGAGAAGCCAAAGUACGUCUGGUUCCGACAAGUAUUUGCAACCAUGCCAAGUCCUAUCAUGGAAACAUUCAUUCCAGAGCUCUGUGUGCAGGAUACGCGAAGGGAGGCGUUGACGCAUGUCAAUACGAUAGUGGAGGGCCACUGGCCUGCCAGUACCAAGGGCGGUUUUAUCUAACCGGCGUGGUAUCUUGGGGCCACGAAUGCGCAAGGCCACACAAAUAUGGUGUCUAUGCUAGUAUGUUUGAGCUCACUAAGUGGGUAGAAAAAGUGCUGGAAACAGAGAGCAAUAUAGAGAUUUAGCUUUUUGCCCAAAUAUUAAAAAAAUAUGUAACUUCCCACACAAACAUUUUAGGGCCUCGUCACGAGUUCCUUCAUUAACCCUUUAAGCCCUAAGAGUGAUCAGCAUCAAAUUUCUCCUUGUAAUAUCAAUGCUUGGUAAAACAGAAUGGUGAUGAGAAUUACGGACAUGGUCACACUAAGAUGAAUUUGCUUGAUAUUUUAUCAACUUCUACCCAACUACUUCUGUAGGAAAUUAAUAGGGGAAACAAAGUAGAAUUCAAAGUUGGAUCUUAGGGUUUAAAGGGUUAAGAACGUAUUAUAUAGAGGGAGUGUCUCAAUGGGGUUAACCGUCAGAUGUCAAACGGACCAAAAUUUAACCUUCAACAGUCAAAAAAGGUUAUUUUUUACCGUCAACCGUCAGAAGUGCAGAGGAAGAUUAACCGUCAAAACGUUUCAAGGUAUUUCAAAUCUCACCCUUUUAGCGCGACAAGCAUUUGCUAUGAUUUCUAAUCAUUUGGCUAUGCUCUCUAUCUUGCUAAUUGUAAGAAUAUAAUUUACUUCGGAAUCCCUUUUACCCGGGGUGCUAAUAAAGAUUGAUUGAUUGAUUGAUUGUUGUUGUUGUUCUAGUUGUUCACCAUUUCACCUGAUCUUCACGGACUUUCGGUUCCUGAAGAAUCACUUCACUAAAUAAGCCACGGACCAUGUUAUCAAAAACACUCCCUACGUACGAACAUCACAAGACCUUGCAUCUUUUUUGUAUGUUAAAUCUAUCUUCAAAUUUUAUGUGAAAGGCCAAGGCAACCUCCAAACACAACAAUUAAUAUUACGUUAUACACAAGUUAAUCAAGCUACUUUAACUAUAUUGGACUAAAUUUUCACUAAAUAACCGUAAACCGUCGAAAGCUCCGAAAUUUAGCCGUCAACCGUCAAAACUGGAAAAAAAAAUAAUCGUCAACUGUCAAAGCCAGCACCUUAUUGAGACCCCUUAGAAGGAGAGGAACUUAUAAGGAGGCCUUAUAAUAUAUAAGGCCCAUGUGACCCUAUGUAAGCCUGGCUCUUUAAAUGCUAAAUUGAAAGAUUUUUUUUUUUUGGUUGGUUGGUUGGUUGGUUCAACUGAGGCUUUUUUGUUUGGUUGGUUUCGUUUUGUUUUAUUUUGUUUCUUAGUUCUGGUAGCUCUUUGGUGCGAGCUUUAACAAAGUAUAGCUGAGAAAAAGUGUAGAAGAUCGUCAAUUAGUGCGAACAGAGUUUCUUAUACUAUGUUAAGACUGUUAAAUAGACUAAAAGACCAACAUGCAGAACAAACUAAAAAACAAAAUGUGUAAAAAUGGUUUAUCCAUUUUUGAUAGACGUACAGUUUUCAUCAGUCUUCCGAAAUUCGGAAUAUUUUGCGGUUGACGGACCAGCUCUCUACCUUAAGCCGGAACCAAACAACCGGCGUUAUAAUAUAACUACCAACUGUGGUUUUUGAGGCGUUCAAAACUUUAUCAUAACCAUAUUAUGUAAUCUCAGAGGGCUGACUCCUCUAUUGUAAACGAAUAAAAAUCAAAAGUUUGUAUCCCUUUACACUUUGGCUAAGGGUAACGUGCUGUUCCUAAUAUUCAUACACAAGACUACAAACGGAUUCAUAAUAUAGAGCCUGUAAAGUUAGAAUUUUUUGCAUUCACAAAAAAAGGUAUAUUAUAUAUUGCGUGGUCGUUUGUUUCAGCAAAAUAUAUUAAACGCAGUGCGCUUUUUGAAGGACAAGAAUUUGGUCAAGGAAAGUUUUACACGCGUUGCGCCAAGAGAUAAGACCGUAGGUUGGAUAAGGUAUAAUUAGUGACUGAUAAAUAUUUAGGAGGGUGCAAGUGGGGACAAUAUGUCUUAAUCUCGCAAUUAGCCCAAGUGGUUUACUUAUUUUGUUUGCAACAGAGUGAAUAUGGGUCUUCCAAGAUAGAUUUUCAUCGAUCAACAGUCAAAGAUAUUUAAUAAAGUUUUUGCAUUCAAGGGUAACCUUUUUUUGGCUUUCAUUGUCAAAAACAUUAACCUAGGAUCAUAGUUCAGUUUUUUUGAUAUGGACGAAAAAUUACAUAGUUUGACUUUUUUUAAAAUAUUCAGAGAAAGCUUAUUUGAAAUCAGCCAGUUAUACAAGUUGUGUAAUUCUGCAUUUAUUGUUAGUUCCAUUGUCUUUAAAUCUUUAUGAGCAUAAAGAGGGUUAGUGUCGUCACCAAAAAGGAAAAAUUGGAGUUUGCUCGAGUAUAAGGAGUAUAAGCCAUGCGAUUUGCUGUUUGGUAUAGAUAAAAUUUGAAAUUAAAUUUCAGAUGGAGUUGCAGGAUUGAAGAAAAACGAAAGUUCUGGCGAACUGGACUUUCUUAGGUACUCUGUGAAGGGGCGCUCUGCCGGUAGAAUUUCUAGCAGCGACAACGCGGUUAAGCACAUAUUUGCUGAGAAAAACAGGUAUCGGGCUUUUGUAAACAUGUUUGGGGAUAGAGUUUUUGUUGUGUCCCACCCCCACCCUAACGAUAUAAUUAUUAAUAUUAUUUUAUAUUAUUGUUUUGCUCGAAGAAAAUUGUCCGUAUUUUUUAUCAAUGAUGUAAAGUACUUAUACUUACUACCUGGAAAACCAGGUGCCAUUUUUACCAGCCAACUUUGAGUCGAUUAUUGGAUGAUUAAAUUUCGUUUACCAAUUAGGAGAUAUUUAGGAAUGUGCCAUGCUUGAAGAAGACGAAUAACAAGCACACUAAAUGUUUUUACCUAUCUUAGCCCUAGUCCGUCUAUCUGAGCCCGCAGUCUAUGACGAGUUUGUGUCUCCAAUUUGCCUUCUUCGACCUGGGGUAAGGUUCCGUUGGGGAAAGGAGUGUUUCGUCACUGGCUGGGGUCACACUCAGUGGAAUGGCACUCAACCGGACAUCUUAAGAGAAGCCAAAGUACGUCUGGUUCCGACAAGUAUUUGCAACCAUGCCAAGUCCUAUCAUGGAAACAUUCAUUCCAGAGCUCUGUGUGCAGGAUACGCGAAGGGAGGCGUUGACGCAUGUCAAUACGAUAGUGGAGGGCCACUGGCCUGCCAGUACCAAGGGCGGUUUUAUCUAACCGGCGUGGUAUCUUGGGGCCACGAAUGCGCAAGGCCACACAAAUAUGGUGUCUAUGCUAGUAUGUUUGAGCUCACUAAGUGGGUAGAAAAAGUGCUGGAAACAGAGAGCAAUAUAGAGAUUUAG